AUGUCCGGCUGUUUGGACUCGAUCCAGUGCAACUGCAACUUUGAUCUCGAGGGCAAGCGCAAUGCUGUCGCUUCCGUAGCGGCCUCCGCUCUCUUCUUUUCCGCAUGGUGGCUCGUCGUCGAUACAGCCGCCGUUUACAGCAAGCUCGACUGGAACAACGUCUACUUCCUAAUCACGAUCGCGUCGUCGAUAGCGAUGUUCAUGGUGAACGCCGUGUCGAAUAGUCAAGUCCGCGGCGAAGCGCUAAACGAGGGCCUUCUUGGAACACGAGGCUCUCGUCUCUGGCUAAUGGCCGCCUUCGUCCUGUCGUUCUCGGCCCUGGUGGCCGCCACGUGGAUCUUGUUCUCUGAUUAUGUACUUCGACAAGGAGAUCAUCCGGUCUGGCCCGGAGUGGCUCUCUUCGUCCACAACUUCAUGAUCUUUGCCGCAUCUCUCGUCUACAAAUUUGGGCGCACCGAGGAGCUUUGGCAU